GUGCAGGGUGAGCAAGAGCGCACGGGUGACCGGCUGCCCGGUCGGUCCUGAGUCUUCGGCGGCACUGAGUUCCCGUGCUCAUGGUUUUGAAUUUAAAUUGUGAAUCAUGGAUGAUGUUCCUUUGUCACUUGGAACAAUAGAUGUUUCUUAUUCAUCAUCUUCAGUAGAAUGCACUGUCUCAAAGUGUAAACUGUCCAGUGAAGAAUGGGAAGAAUGCAAUUCUAGGCCUACUGUCUUCCGAUCAGCUACCUUAAAAUGGAAAGAAACCCUCCUGGGCCGAAACAGGCCAUUUGUGGGACGCUGUUGCUAUGCAUGCACUCCCCAAAGCUGGGACAAGCUUUUUAAUGCUAGUAUUCCUUCUUUGGGCCUUCGUAAUGUUAUCUAUAUUAAUGAAACACACACACAGCAUAGAGGUUGGCUUGCGAGGCGACUCUGUUACAUUCUUUUUGUACAAGAACGGGAUGUUCAUAAGGGGAAAUUUGCAAAUAAUGUGACAGAAAAUGUUCUGAACAGUAGCAGAGUACAGGAUGCUAUUAUGGAGGAGGCUUCAGAAGUGUCUGCUACAGGUGGCACUGGUCAACUGGACCCUCGAACUAUCAAUAAAGUGAAGAAGAAAGCUAGACGGAUACUUCAAGAAAUGGUAGCAAAUGUCUCUCCUGCUUUAAUCAGGUUGACAGGAUGGGUGUUACUGAAGUUAUUUAACAGCUUUUUUUGGAAUAUCCAGAUUCACAAAGGCCAGCUGGAGAUGGUGAAAGCAGCAACUGAGCUGAAUUUGCCUCUUAUCUUCUUACCAGUCCACAAGUCGCAUAUUGACUACCUGCUUCUUACAUUCAUUCUUUUCUGCCACAACAUCAAAGCACCCUACAUUGCAGCAGGGAACAAUCUGAAUAUUCCCAUUUUCAGCACAUUGAUUCGCAAGCUUGGAGGAUUUUUUAUUCGGAGGAGGUUAGAUGAGAGGCCUGAUGGUUGUAAAGAUAACUUGUACAGAGCUUUACUUUAUGUGCACGUCCAAGAGUUGCUUCGGCAGCAGCAGUUCUUAGAGAUAUUUCUGGAGGGCACACGAUCCCGGAGUGGAAAGAUAUCCUGUGCAAAGGCGGGACUUUUGUCAGUGGUGGUGGAUGCUCUAUAUGUAAAUGCUACCCCUGAUGUACUCAUUAUACCUGUGGGAAUAUCCUAUGAUAGAAUCAUUGAGGGUCACUACAAUAGUGAGCAACUGGGCAAGCCUAAGAAGGAUGAGAGCCUUUGGAGUAUAGCCAGAGGAGUCUUCCGAAUGCUGCGAAAAAAUUACGGAUGUGUAAGAGUAGAUUUUGCACAACCAUUUUCUUUAAAAGAGUACUUAGCCAGUCAAAGCCAGAAGCCUUUAGCGACACCUCUUUCUUUGGAGCAUACUCUCUUACCUGCUGUACUGCCUUCAAGGAAUAAUUGUGCAGUACAAGAAGGUACAAACACCACCCUUCCUGAUUCCAGGGAUGUAUCCUGUGAGCCAGUCAGAAGACAAUUAAUAGCCAACUUGGCAGAGCAUGUACUGUUCACUGCUAACAAGUCAUGUGCUGUGAUGUCAACACACAUUAUUGCCUGUUUGCUGCUCUACCGACAUAGGCAGGGAAUCGAUCUUUCAAAACUGGUGGAGGAUUUCUUCUCCAUGAAGGAAGAGGUGCUGGCUCGGGACUAUGACUUGGGAUUCUCUGGGAAUUCAGAAGAUGUGGUCAUGCAUGCUAUCCAUCUAUUGGGGAAUUGCUUAACUAUCACGAACACUAGCCGGAACAAUGAGUUUUUCAUCACUCCCAGCACAUCUGUUCCUGCUGUCUUUGAACUCAAUUUCUACAGCAACGGAGUGCUUCAUGUCUUCUUCAGAGAGGCUGUCAUUGCCUGCAGUCUCCAUGCCAUACAGAAUAAAAGGCAUAGAAAUGGUGUCAAUGGAAUUCCACCCCAUAUGGUUAGCCAGGAACAACUGGUCCGUAAAGCUGCCAGCCUAUGUUAUUUGCUUUCUAAGGAAGGCACAGUUUCAUUGCCCUGCCAGCUUUUAGGCCAAGUCUGUCAUGAAGCAAUUGCUCAGUUCAUACAAUAUGGAAUUCUUGUGAUUGCAGAGCAGGAUGAGCAGGAAGAUAUUAGUCCUAAUCUUGCAGAACAGCACUGGGAGAAGAAAUUGCCACAACCUUUGUCUUGGAGAAGUGACGAGGAGGAUGAAGAUAGUGACUUCGGUGAAGAGCAGAGGGAUUGCUACUUGAAGGUGAGCCAGUCACAGGAACACCAGCAGUACCUCACCUUCCUACAGAAGUUGUUAGGACCCUUAUUGGAAGCCUACAGUUCUGCUGCCAUCUUCAUCCAUAAUUUCAGCGGUCCUGUCAGGGAAUCAGAGUAUCUUCAAAAAUUACACAAAUACUUAAUAAUGAGAACAGAGAAGAAUGUUGCAGUAUAUGCUGAGAGUGCCACAUACUGCCUUGCAAAAAAUGCAGUGAACGUCUUCAAGGACAUGGGUGUGUUUAAGGAGACAAAGCAGAAGAGGGAAACUAUUUUGGAGUUAAGCAGCACUUUUCUACCUCAUUGUAAUCGGCAAAAACUACUGGAAUUCAUUCUGGGGUUUGUCAUACUGUAGAACACAUCUGAAGUCUUCCAAGAAGUUGGUAGAGUGGGAGAAUGUGACACUAAGCUUCAGGGCCUUUUGCUGCUUCCAUAGUAUGUAUACUGUAGUGCCAUUUUUGGUAAGGCCUUAUCUAACCCAAGCAAGCCACUGGAAGACAAGUGCCUUGUUACAUAUGCAUGCCGGGAACUAUACCGUUUGAUCACGCAGUCAGGCACAUUUUGGAUGCAAGUGAUAAGCCAUUUUUGCACAAACAAACAAAAUUCUGAGUUUUUACAUGAGCCUGUAUCAAGUGUUACAUUUUUAACCUGCAAAGUAUUACAUUUAUUUGAAGGCUAAUGACUAUGACAAAUGCACAAGUGUAUUUACCAGCAACUAGUCAUUGUCAGAUUACAAUUCUGAAUAAGUUAAAAUAAUUCCAAUUAAUGUGCAAAUUUUGCACAACCUUUGUCAGCCCGGGCAGCUUAUUCUGUCCAGAUAUGGUGUUCAGGAAAGCUGAAUUCAGCAGGUUCCAAGGGCAUUUAAUAAUUUUUCUUCUGUUCAUUACUAUGGUAACAUGUUGAAUAAAAAUAAUGAGCUAAUACCUCAUUAAAAUGACUUGAACGGCCACCAGUGACCCCCAUAUUGCAGUGGCAAAAUUAAUACAUUAAGAUCUGAUGAGGUUUCUCCUCAACAAAGGAAAACUAAUACAUUAGCUUAUUAACCAAUUGGACCAUAAUUCAUUUUGUGCCCAAACUGGUAUGAUACUUGAUUUGUCUUUGUACUGGAAGGCUGGCAUCCAUUUGCUGCUUUUCAGUAUUUUAAGUGCUGCUUAAACUCUAUGAGUUACAAGAAUAACAUUGAAAUAUUCACUAAAUGAAAAUGGUCCAUUCUAAUCUUGAUUAAUCUCAGAUGGAGGAUGAUUUGUUAGCAUUAAAAUCUUACAAGCAAAGCUGUUCAAUGUUGGCUUAGAUGUCUAUGAUGUAAUGGUAAUAUUUGAAUUAAGAUUGCAGAUCAUUUAUUCUUGGGUCAAGAUAAUCUCCCAAAGUAUAAUGUAGUACAGAAGCUGCAGUUUCAGAUACAUUAGCUGAAGCAAUAAACAUAGAUUUAGUUUUUGAGAAAGAACUUCAUGCCUUAUUGAGUGAAGACACAUUGCUGCUGUUGUAAUGUUGAUUAGAACAUUCUCAGCACUGUCCUCCCCUUUUCAGGAAAAAAAAAACUGUUUUAGCUUUCAUUUUUAAUAGCUUGCUCACGUGGCUGGAGUGUUGCACAGUCAUUCUAGCACAGAGCUUCUGUGAACAGUUUUCAUCUCUGUGCUUAUUAUACAACUAUCAUGUAUCCCAAGACUUCCAGUAUGGUGUAGUGGAUGGAGGAACAGACUUCGAAUCCCUGCUCAGCCAUGGAAACUUA